ACCACCGUCCCCCCCGCGGGGCUCAACUUCAACCGGUUCACGGAGGACUCGCUGCUGCGCCACGCCCAGUUCGUGGUGGAGCAGGUGGAGAGCUACGACGAGGCCGGGGACAGCGACGAGCCCCCCGUGCUCAUCACCCCCUGCAUGAGGGACCUCAUCAAGCUGGCCGGGGUCACCCUGGGCAAGAGGCGAGCCGUGCGGCGCCAGGCCAUCCGCCACCCCACCCGCAUCGACAAGGACAAGGGGCCCACCAAGGCCACCACCACCAAGCUGGUGUACCACAUCUUCGACACCUUCUUCUCGGAGCAGAUCGAGAAGGACGAGCGGGAGGAGGACAAGGAGAACUCCACCAAGCGCCGGCGCUGCGGCGUCUGCGAGGUGUGCCAACAGCCCGAGUGUGGCAAGUGCAAGGCCUGCCAGAACAUGGUGAAGUUCGGGGGCAGCGGGAGGAGCAAACAGGCCUGUCUGCAGAGGAGGUGUCCCAACCUGGCCGUGCGGGAGGCGGACGAGGACGAGGAGGUGGACGACAACAUCCCCGAGAUGCCGUCGCCCAAGAAGAUGCUCCAGGGCAGGAAGAAGAAGCAGAACAAGAGUCGGAUCUCGUGGGUGGGGGAACCCAUCAAGAGCGACGGGAAGAAGGAUUAUUACCAGCGGGUCUGCAUCGACAACGAGACCCUGGAGGUGGGAGACUGCGUGUCCGUGAGCCCCGACGACCCCACCAAGCCCCUCUACCUGGCCAGGGUGACGGCCCUGUGGGAGGACAGCAGCGGGCAGAUGUUCCACGCCCACUGGUUCUGCCCCGGCUCCGACACGGUCCUGGGGGCCACCUCGGACCCUCUGGAGCUGUUCCUGGUGGACGAGUGCGAGGACAUGCAGCUCUCCUACAUCCACGGCAAGGUCACCGUCAUCUACAAGGCGCCCUCGGAGAGCUGGGCCAUGGAGGGCGGGCUGGACAUGGAGAUCAAGAUGGUGGAGGACGACGGCAGGACCUACUUCUACCAGAUGUGGUACGACCAGGAGUACGCCCGCUUCGAGACGCCGCCCAACACCCAGCCCAGCGAGGACAACAAGUACAAGUUCUGCAUGAGCUGCGCGCGCCUGGACGAGGUGAGGCACAAGGAGAUCCCCAAGGUGGCCGAGCCCCUGGAGGAGGUGGAUGGGAAGAUGUUCUACGCCGUGGCCACCAAGAACGGGGUCCAGUACCGGGUGGGGGACGGCGUCUACCUCCUGCCCGACGCCUUCUCCUUCAGCGUGAAGCCGGCCAGCCCGGCCAAGAGGCCCAAGAAGGAGGCUGUGGACGAGGAGCUGCACCCCGAGCACUACCGGAAAUACUCGGAGUACAUCAAGGGCAGCAACCUGGACGCGCCCGACCCGUACCGGGUGGGCAGGAUCAAGGGCAUCUUCUGCAACAUCCGCAGCAACGGCAAACCCAACGAGGCCGACAUCAAACUCACCAUCUACAAGUUCUACAGGCCCGAGAACACGCACAAGUCCAUGAAGGCCAGUUACCACGCCGACAUCAACCUGCUCUACUGGAGCGACGAGGAGGCCACGGUGGAGUUCCGGGCAGUGCAGGGACGCUGCUCCGUCGUCUACGGGGAGGACCUGACCCAGAGCAUCCAGGACUAUUCCUCGGGGGGCCUGGACCGCUUCUACUUCCUGGAGGCUUACAACGCCAAAACCAAGAGCUUUGAGGACCCUCCCAACCACGCCCGGAGCUCUGGGAACAAAGGGAAGGGGAAGGGGAAGGGGAAAGGGAAAGGCAAAGGGAAGCCGGUGAGCUCCGAGCAGAGCGAGGAACAGGCCGAGCUCAAACUUCCCAAGUUACGGACCCUGGACGUGUUCUCCGGCUGUGGGGGGUUGUCCGAGGGCUUCCACCAGGCAGGUGUCUCGGAGACGCUGUGGGCCAUCGAGAUGUGGGAGCCGGCGGCGCAGGCGUUCCGGCUCAACAACCCCGGCACCACGGUGUUCACCGAGGACUGCAACGUGCUGCUCAAGCUGGUCAUGGCCGGCGAGAAAACCAACUCGCUGGGCCAGAAGCUGCCCCAGAAGGGGGAUGUGGAGAUGCUCUGCGGGGGCCCCCCCUGCCAGGGCUUCAGCGGCAUGAACCGCUUCAACUCCCGCACCUACUCCAAGUUCAAGAACUCCCUGGUGGUCUCCUUCCUCAGUUACUGUGAUUAUUACCGGCCGCGCUUCUUCCUGCUGGAGAACGUCCGGAAUUUCGUGUCCUUCAAGCGUUCCAUGGUGCUCAAACUCACCCUGCGCUGCCUCGUCCGCAUGGGCUAUCAGUGCACCUUCGGGGUGCUCCAGGUGGGGCUGGGGGGGGAUUUGGGGGGAAAAACCCCCUUUUCUGGCACCUGGGUGGUCCCAUCCCGAGG